UCUGAAGAAACAAGUAUAGAUUAUCUUGUCUUGAUGCCACUUUGUUUCAAUUUCAAAGAUUGGAUUGAAUUGAAUUGUCGUCUGUCUGAGAUUGAAAAAUGGCAUCUGCAAUAGUUCGUAGGAACAUCAUCAGAAGCAACAACUUGAAAAGGUUGUCUUGUUGGCGUUUGAAUAAUAACAAACAGUUGUUGAAUAAUGUUGAAGACGCAUGUACCAUUUACACAGAAGCUGUUGGUGGUGUUGGAUUACCAUCUUACAUGCGUGGUGCUGUUUUUCGGGAACCCAACAAACCUCUCACCAUUGAAGAAUUUCACAUUCCUCGUCCCAAAGCUGGUGAACUUCUCAUCAAAACCAAGGGAUGUGGAGUAUGCCACUCUGAUCUUCAUGUCAUGAAAGGUGAAAUUCCGUUUUCAAGUCCUUGUGUUGUGGGCCAUGAGAUUACUGGUGAAGUUGUUGAACAUGGACAACACACUGAUUCCAAAACUAUAGAAAGGCUUCCAAUUGGAUCUCGAGUUGUUGGAGCCUUCAUUAUGCCUUGUGGCAACUGUUCCUACUGUUCAAAGGGCCAUGAUGAUCUGUGUGAAGCUUUUUUUGCUUAUAACCGCGCAAAAGGAACCCUAUACGAUGGUGAAACUCGGCUAUUUCUUCGAGGCAGUGGAAACCCGAUAUACAUGUAUAGUAUGGGAGGGCUUGCUGAAUACUGUGUUGUGCCGGCAAAUGCAUUGGCGGUAUUGCCAAAUUCAAUGCCAUAUACCGAGUCUGCAAUACUAGGAUGUGCUGUUUUUACUGCUUAUGGUGCAAUGGCUCAUGCAGCCGAAGUGCGCCCUGGUGAUACUGUUGCUGUUAUUGGAACUGGGGGUGUUGGUUCUAGUUGUCUGCAGAUAGCUAGAGCAUUUGGUGCCUCGGAUAUAAUUGCUGUUGAUGUUCAGGAUGAAAAGCUAGAGAAAGCAAAGACACUUGGUGCAACUCACACAAUAAAUUCGGCUAAGGAAGAUCCCAUUGAAAAGAUACUUGAAAUUACUGGUGGAAAGGGUGUUGACGUUGCUGUUGAAGCCUUAGGGAGACCACAGACAUUUGCUCAGUGCACACAAAGUGUGAAAGAUGGAGGAAAAGCAGUGAUGAUUGGACUGGCACAAGCUGGUUCUUUAGGAGAGGUGGAUAUAAAUAGACUUGUUCGCAGAAAGAUAAAAGUUAUUGGCUCAUAUGGAGGGAGGGCUAGGCAAGAUCUUCCAAAGUUAAUUAGAUUGGCAGAAACAGGUAUCUUCGACCUUGGCCAUGCUGUUACAAGAAAAUACACUUUUGAGGAGUCAGGCAAAGCAUUCCAGGAUCUCAACGAAGGAAAAAUAGUCGGUCGGGCUGUAAUCGAGAUAGUAUAGCUCUACAUUCCAGGCAAUGCUUUUGUGCAACGACGACCAUAUGUCUCACACAUUGGAGUUGCAAAGGUGUUGGUGUCCUGAGAACACAUAUAGGUGUCUUCUACUCUGAUGUGUUAACUGUCCUAAUAAAAAUAACUUAUUGUAAGGAUGUUUGCAAAUAAAAACUCUUUUUUGUAUCGGUCA